AUGAAGGGCGACCUACAGGGGAAGAUCAUGAUGAAUGGACAAGUGAUGGAUGAAGCUGCUAUCCGGCGAGUCUCCACCUAUGUCGAGCAAGAAGACGCCAUGAUCGGCAUUCUCACAGCGCGAGAAACAGUCGACUUCGCUGCCAGACUGUCCAUGAAUGGCAACACCUCGAAGAAAGACAGGCUUUUCAGAGUGGACGAGCUGAUCGAAUCAUUCGGUCUACAGCGGCAGGCCGACACAGUCGUCGGCACACCACUUCGGAAAGGCCUCAGUGGCGGCCAAAAGCGCAGAUUGAGCGUGGCUAGCCAACUUGUCACAUCGCCACGAUUGGUCUUCCUGGACGAACCCACGAGCGGGCUCGACUCUACUGCCAGUUUCGAAUGCAUGAAGUUCAUCAGACAGGAGGCCAAGCAACACAACCUGAUCGUCAUCGCAUCUAUCCACCAGCCAUCAACAACCACCUUCCAGCUUUUCGAUCAACUGAUGCUUCUGUCGCAAGGACGAACGUGCUAUUUCGGAGGCGUUUCUGCAGUCGAAGACUACUUUGAGCGCAUUGGCCGACCAAUACCCUUGCACAUCAACCCGGCGGAGUACCUGCUUGACCUGGUCAACACCGACUUUGGACACGACGAUAGCUGCGCCGACGGCUCCUUGGGCUACGUGCACGAAGCCUGGACAGCAUCUGACGAGCACAAAGCAUUAAUGUCGUCCGCCGCAACCGUGAGCAGCACUGCUCCGAUUUUCUCCUCGCAUGUCUUCCACUACAUUGUUUACCAAGCCUACGUGUUCCAAGGGAUGAUGGUCAACCAGUUCCGCUCCACGAUCUGGGAUUGCGCCACGUCCUCGGAGACAAAUGAAUACCAGUGCAUGUAUCCUUCCGACCUUCAAGCCCAAGGCAAGAUCCGUGGCUCUGCUGUCCUCCGUGCGUACAAGUUCUCCUGGUCAGACGACAAGGUCGGCGAAUGGAUCGGGAUCAUGUUUGCGAUCAUCCUCGUCUAUAGAAUUCUAGGCUAUUUGGUUCUCAUGAUGAAGAAACACUGA